UUUAUAAGCCCUGAGCCCAGUCUGGUAUUCUGGUUAGAUCGUUAGUAGUAGCCCAGACUAAAGUUUUAUAACUUAAAAUUAAGUUCAUAUUUAAUUAUUUGAAUUUACCAGUGCAACUCACCCGUCAUUUCUUCACAGUAUUCUUUUAUUGCUGUAACUGUAAGUCGUAACAAAGUAUAAAUGACAGUUUAUUUAGCAAUCGGCUGCAAUGCCAAAUAAUAAAAAUACUCCUCAUUUUCAAUCAAUGCAAUUUUUCAAUUAAUUAGGCCUAAUUUUUAUUUUUUAAGCCAAGCCCACCUUUAUAAUUGAACUAAGCCAACUUACGAAAAUAAGGGAUUACUGUUAAAUUAACUUAAGUACUAAUUAUUAUUAUAGUCCAUAAUAUAAUAAUUAAUAUGAAUAUACUUAUUCUAAGUUAAGUGUCUGACUUAACUGACUAUGACAUUAUGACUAUCUAGAUGUUCUUUACCUAACAGCCUAACAUCUUAGGAAUUACUUUUACAUUGAGUCAUUGAUUGAGGACUUACCAGUAACUACUGCUACUACUACAAUGAUAUAUUUAAGUCUAAUCAUAACUUAACUAAGAAAAAUAGUAGUAAGAGGAGUUAGACUUGUAGUCAUUGUAGUGCUAAAUUCAUUACACUAAUGCUUAGGCUUAGUUAUUAUAUUUAUUUUGUUGAAAAUGUUAGGGCCUGGCCUACCUGACCAAUUACUAAUAAUGACUAAUCAUGAAUAAAUUUUCAUUAGGCUAAAUCCUAAUGAAAGUUAUGUUAUUAGAUUAUUAGUUUCAGGUAAAUUUAUGCAAUCCACGCCAAUUAUUUCCCACGGCUUCCAUCUUGGUUGCCGUGAUCAUAGGUCAUGGCAACCAAGAUGGCGGCUGUGGUAGUGCAAACAGACGUCUGCUAAAAUGGGGAUGGGAAAGAGAGAAAAUGUACUGUUUUAGUUAAUUACAGAGAGAAACGAAAAUAGGAACAAAACAUUAAAAUUUAAUGAAAUAAUAAUUAGCCAGUACAUUAAUUUCGUGGCACAUGUAGAAACUUUAUUGUAUUCCUCUAGAUGCAAGCAGCGUCAAGCAUUAAAGAAAAGUAAACUCUAGUAGCAAUACAAGAAUAAACAAAAGGGAAAGAGACAUACACGGAAAAUCAAAGUGGGGCGGAUUGCAUUAUUGACCCCUUUUUCACCCAAAAUACUGGUAGAAUUAAGAAGUGGUUAAAAAAUAAAGUCCUUAAAAAUGAGUUAAAUUAAAUAUAUUGAGCAAUGUUUCCUUUAAGCUGUGCGGCCACGCAGCUAUCUCACAGAUGUCGCACAGCAGUUUUGAGUAUCCGCGCAGCCAACUUCCACAAAAGUUUGUGUUUGUGGGCUGUAAAAUUUUGCACACAAAAAAAAAUUGAUGCUGUAAAACUUUGCACACAACAGUAUGAUUUUGCACACGAACCAGCAAACCUUAGAGGGAACAUUAAUAUUGAGUAGGCUAAUACAAAUAAUAGUACUAUUAAUAGGAACACCCAUAAAUGACAUGCUUUUUGUUCAAAUUUGCUCAUACAAAACUUUAUUCCUUGGGAACCAAUCCAACUUUUUUAUUACUACCGGUACAUAUUUUUGGACCUUUCCUUUUCAGUUACACCAUAAAUGUCUUUAGGGCUUGAUGAUAAACUGUUAGGGGAAAAGGUUCACUACUACUGCAGUAGCAGUGAAGAUGAAGGUGGCGAAAGCAGUGAUGCUGAAAGUGGGGAUGAUGCAAAUGAGGGUGAUCAUUAUCAGAAGUCAAGUGUUAAAGAAGCUUCUUCCUACUCUGAGCCCCUGAAGGCAGAAAAUAAUGGCAUGGUAACAAAUGUAAGCCGUUUCUGAAAUAAUUUUCUUAAGAUAACAAGAUAAUAAUGUUAUGUAGAUGUUUUUUAAAUAAUAAUGUUACAUUUAUUACAAAGCAUUUUAAGAAAAAUUUAUUCUUUUUAACAGACAGGUCCCAAGGGUGUAAUCAAAGACUGGCAAGAAUUUAAAAGAUUAGAAACUGAGAAGCGUAAAGAAAAUGAGAAAGAGAGAAAUCUUCUUGCCAAGAAACUAACUUUAACCUGCCGCUCUCAUGUAAGAAGUUGACAUGUAUUAUUGUAUAUAUAUCAGAGAAUGUGUUUAUAUAUGGCAUCUGGGAAUGCCUCAGAGACUGCGCCAUUAAAGGUUACUGUGCUAUGCAUGUAUUCGUGAACUGACUAUGAUUGGGAGCAGUUGUGGGAGACAACCUAUUCUAUGCAAGAUACUGAACAGGCCCCUCCGACUUAUCAAGUCGAAUACUUUUGUCGAAUUUAUAAAAGCAAUAUAAAAAGGCCUAUGCUGUUCACAGCACUUCUCCUGCCAUUGGCGUAACGAGAAUAUCAUGUCUAUAGUUGAACAACCACUUCGGAAGCCACACAGGGACUCUGGGUAUAUGCAGUUAGCCAGACCAUACUCUGCAAUUGUUUAAGGGCGAAAUGGGCAAACGUCUUUCCAACUAAGCAAAGGAGAGAAAUUCCUCAGUAAUUAUUACUGUCACUACGGUCACCUUUAUUUUAUUACAAUGUUACCAUGUUGGCGUCUCUCAUGUCUUGGAAAAUGUGACCUGCUUCCCAACACAGGCAGAGGAGCUCAUGUAAGGGCUGAAGUGAUAUUGGUUUACAAUUGUUGAGGAUUUACUGUGUGUGUGGGGGGGGGGGGAUGCUGUCAAUCCCUGGAGCCUUCCCAUCAGCAAGAUAAUCAAUUGCUUUUUUGAGCUCCUGCAAAGUUGGUUCUUCAUCUAGUUCUUCUAUUAUUGACAAGACAGGAAUAUUAUUCAGAGUGGUCUCAGUAACUACAUUCAUUGUGUAAAGUUCAAGAUAAUGCUCAAACCAACGCCGAAGUCGAUAGUUUGGCUUCUUGAUAACUUGAUCUGUCUUGUACUUGAGAGGUGCUAUUUUUGAAGUGUAUGGACCUAAUGUCCUCUUGAUGCAUUCGUAUAUGCUCCUUGCAUCCCCGUUGUCGGAAGCCAAUUGUAUUCAGUGGCAAAGGUCCAACCAGUUAGUGUUGGCACAGUGACUGGCAGUCUGCUGGGAAAUUUUUUUUUGUAGUUCGGAUAGCCUGUAGUGUACGAGCGCAAGGUACAUCCUUGCAUUUAGGGCUCUUCUCUUUUUCUCUGUUACAGUUUCCAUGACAUUCCAAUGGGCCUCGUACCAGUCAUUAUUUUUAUUCUCCAUUUUCCCAUAGGAGUACAUGGCUGAAUCGUACACAGCAUGUCGUAAAUGAGUCCACUUAGAGUCAAUAAUAGUGUCGAUGGGGGGCCUUUUAGCAAGAGUAUCCUGCAACGUUUUUUCUGGGUUGUUUAAGCAGUGGAUGUUAAUUUGUGAUGACACUUCUUUUUAGUAUUAUGCAAUUUUUGGGGCAUUAAUCAUAUUUUGAUUGGUCUGAUAGAAUGGACCAUGGUAGCUGCAGGUGUGAAGUACACUAGCUAGUUCUACAUGCCUAGUGAUGACGAGGUCUAGCUGAUGCCAGUGACAGGAAAAUGGGUGUCACCUGACACCUGUUGGAUUUUUUGCACUUGAAGAAGGUGUUGGUAACAGAGAAACCAUGAAAGCAGAACAACUCCAGCGGUCGUUGUCUGUUAUCAUUAAUUCUUCCCAAUCCAUGAUAACCAAAACAUGAAGGCCAGGUUUUUGUUCAGCUCCCACUCUAGCAUUAAAAUCUCCCAGAAUGUAUAAUGCUUUGUUUCAUCUGCGGGUUUCCCUUGCCAGCAGAAUGUGUAGCAUGCUUCCUUCAUAGCAGCACUAAGUCGGGUCUCUUGGAGGCAGGGAAUGUCUAUGUUGAGUCUUGCGAGUUCCUUAUCAAUAAUGGCAGUGCUUCUUGCAUCGUCAAUCUGUUGUAGGUGGGUGUCAAAUCCAGGACACAUGGUUCUUACAUUCCGUGUUAUGAAGCGAAGUGGUUGAGUCUUCCUUCUAUUUAAUGUCUUUGCUUUACAAAAAAACUCUGCUCCCAGUCACCAGUGCAGCUACUUAGCCUGAGCGGUGUUUUAUGAAAAUCAGCUGUUGCCCAAUGCAGUAGAUCCCCACUCUCCACGCAGUCAGUGGAUCUAAAGGAAUGAAAGUUGUCAAUACAACUUGGCACUAACUGCAUCGCAGGAGUUGCCAAAAUGACAUCGGUAUCAGCGUCAGUCCGACUUCAGGACUCUCGAUUUUACAGUUUGGGUUUACUCCCGUAGUCUUACCCUAGCUUCCCGAUUUGAUUUUAUAUAUUUAUAUCAAUAUUUAUUCAAACUUUUCCAGUUUUUUAGUUUUUUUUGGUACACAUAAAUUUGCGAGGCAGCCAUCUUGUUGCUAAUACUAAUUAUUCAUAUGCAUUAUGUUAUCCUUUUUAAUGGUAAAUAUUUAUUUUAUCUGUGUUGAAUCCACAUAAAAUCAAUAAAUAAUGUACACAUAUUUUUUUUUCCAAGUUAAAUGAUGAAAAAGAAAAAGAGGAAGAUGAGCAGUUCCUGGCAGAGUUGGAAGACAUCGAGGAUGAAUUUAUUAAAGAAUACAGACUUCUGAGAAUAGAGGAGAUGAGGAAAGCUUUGUCAAAUCUGUAAUUGUCUACUACUUCUAAUUUUGUUAAUACAGCUGAUAAUUUUUUAAAUGUAUAAUUAUAAACCUAUUAUUUAGUCUUUUUCAACAAGCUGUCUCUUCAUUAGUGGUUCUCAAACUCUGUGUCCUUGCUGAAUGCAAGUUUUUUAAGGUACUGUAUGUCAAAUGUAACAAAACUCUAGGAAAUAGCAAAUUAUUCUAUUUAAUUAAAGAGUUCGGUUAGGUGAAAAUAUAUAAAGCAUAAAUAGACUUAAUUUUGAUAAAUUUAAUUAUCAUAUAGCGCCAACUAGUAACUAUUUGUAGGGGGCUUCUGCAACUAGUUUGCAUCAGGACUGCUAGAUGUCAUGGGCUGUCAUAGUCGAUUAAAAAUCAAAAUAAGAUUCAGACAAUUGUAUUUUAUUUUUUUUUGUGCCCCGGCACAUUCUUUGGGAACCACUGCUUUACAUAAUUGCACUUUUCAUAUGAUUUCUUGAGAUUUUUUUAUGCUUGAGUAUGAAUUAUAUUGUUGAAAAAAUAUAACUUUCAUAAUGCUUAGAUCAGGAGUCGUAGAACUGGGGUAAAAAUGAAAAUCUCUAUGUAAUGAGAACUCAUUAGACAGAAAUAUAAAAAAAAUAUUUUUAAAAAGUUUUUUUUGUAACAACAGAAAUUUUGUUAUGGCAACAAUACAUCUGGCCAGUAAAACAGAGAAAUGCUCCUAACAAGUUGUGCUAAUUAGUGACUCGGCAGCGAGCAUCAUCACAAGUCCUGUCUUGUAUAUGUUAUUUUGGCAUGGUCCACUAGGAUGUUAUUUUGGGCUAAAAUGAUGAUUUUAAAAAAAAAUUUUUGGAUGCAUUUACCUUAUAAUAUAUUCUUUAAAUUGUAUUCCGCAUAUUAAUAGGUUCAUUUAAAUUAAAUAGAUUUAAAUAGUCUAUGAUUUUGUCCUUUUUCAAAUUGAAGAGGUAAUGUUGGCAUAAAUGGGGUAAUAGCUAGAAAAUUUCUCCAAAUCCUGGCUUAGAUGGUACUUCAAACUAAAUUUCAUACUACUGGGUAACUUAAAUUAUUUUAGAACUGUAUUUCUUGUUGUUUUUUUUUCCUGUAAGAACUAUUAUAUUACAAAUAUUUCAGCCCAAAAUUUGGGAAACUGAUUGCUCUCAAAGCCAACAACUUUCUAGAGGAAGUAGAUGGGGAAAAUGGAAAUGUAACAAUUGUAGUUCACAUAUAUAAAGAGGUAACUGAGAUAGCAAUAUUUUCUAUAUUUCACUUACUAUAAAUUAUCAUUUAAGUUGUCUUAACGUUUGUUUUUUAAAAUUAUUACCAGAGGGAUGUCAGAUUCUUCAUUAUUUGCCAUGAUAACCUCAAUAUGUUUUGUGUCUGCAAUUUGUAAAAAUAUUUACCGGUAUGUCAAAUUAUUCAAAUUCAAAUCACAAUUUCAGUUCAGGGAAAUAUUCCAUAUAAUAGAAACAUCAUUCUGUUUGUGAAUAACUGAAAUGAUUCUUAUACGUUUCCUUCACUAUUUUUUUUUCAUUGUCUAAUCCCUCUUAAUUUAAUUUAAAUUUUUUCAUAAACUGCUUUACUCUUAGAAACUUUAAAACAAUGUCAGUGUCCUCCAUUUUGUUACAUUUCAAGUUAAGACAGAUGUGUAGGAAAUGGUUAGGUUUCAUCUAUUAUAAAUUAAAGCUAUGUUAUUAAUUUUAUUAUGUAGUCUUUUUUUUAUUUUUCAAGUUUUAUUUCUGGGAGGUGAAACCAGGAUCAGUUUCAAUGAGUUUAAAUAUUCUAGAGUAAAAAAAUUGUCAAUUUUGUUUAAAAAAGGUUCAUUUUACACCUGUGUCAUAGGCACAUUUUGAGAUGAGAGAAAGGAAAACAUUUGCCUCUACUUCUUAAAACUAAUGUAAUGCUACCAUUUCUUUCUGUAUUGAAAAGCCGUUUCAAGUAGAUUUAAAAAUAUUUUUUGUGACUUAUUCUAGGGUUUUUCAGCUUGUGAUACAAUGAAUGGUUGCCUGAUGUGUUUGGCAGAUGAAUAUCCUAUGAUAAAAUUUUGCAAGAUCUCUGCUUCUGAUGCCAGGAUGAGUUUUAAAUUUGUAAGUUUUAUUUUAUUCUUUAAUGCUUAACAUUAAUUUCACUAAUUUUUAAUGCAUUUCUGUUUAUAAAAAUAUUGCUUUUUUUACCAUAAAUCUCCCUGCAUCAUUCAUUUUUAAAGAUUUUUAGUGACAUCAGAGAAGUUUUAUCUGAUAUGGAGGCACAUUUUUGUGUGGAUGAUAAGUUAUGUGUAUAUUUUAUCAUUUAUUAAAAUUUUAGUACUAGUACCAAUUUUAUGCACACUUAUACAAAAGAUUUUGGUUUAAAAUUAUUUAGCUAGGCUUAUUAUUUUUUUUUUUUUUUUUUUUUUUUUUUUUUUUAAAAAGAAUUUUGUGAAAUUCCCUAAAACGUUUUGCUUAGUUUUCUGCUCUAAAAUAUUGUUUAUCUUAUAUAAUAAUUGUAUUGUUUUAUUUUUGAUUAGGCAGAGAAAGGAGUUCCUGCAUUACUGAUAUACAAAAAUAAAGAACUUAUUGGAAAUUUUGUACGACUGAGAGAAGAGUUUGGAGAUGAUUUCUUUGCAAAUGAUGUGGAAAGUUUUCUUCAAGAGUAAAUAAUAGUAUUUGUAUUAACUUCAGUGAUCCAUUUGUUUUCAAAUGUGUGAUUUGAGGAUAACUGCUUUGAACAAAAUUAAAUAGCAAAAUAGUGAUAACUGGCUAUAACGUGGCAUGGCUUCCAAAAUUAAGUAUAUUCAUUUUCACAAAAAAUAAAAAUACAAGACUAUGUUAAAAGAAGAACAUCAGAUGAAACCAUUUAAAUUAGAAACCACACUUUUGAAAAAGUAAAUCAAUUCAAAUAUCAAGGGUCCUUAAUAAAUUAAAGAAAUGACUUACUAACAUAAAUAUAUUUGCGAGGAUAUUUGCUGGAAACAGGGCAUACUUCAGUAGUCACAAAAAGUGAAACUUGGAUCCUAACAAAAACGUCAGAAAACCUAUUAAACACGUGGGAGAGAAAAGUUCUCAGGAAAAUACAUGGACCAAAAAGGAAUAAAUAUGGAAGGGAUUACGAACCAACUAGGAAUUGUAUGCAUUAUACCAGGAUCCCACACUAGUAGCAGGAAUAAAAGAGGGCAGACUGCGUUGGGCUGUACACUUUGAAAGAAUGCCAAAUGCCAGAGGAGUUAAGAGGGUGCACCACCAAAACCCCAGAGGAAAACGUCUCAAAGUCAUUGGCAUUCCUAGGCUUAGAUGGAUAGACAAUAUAGAAAAAGAUCUACAGCCGCUGGGAAUCCAAGCAUGGAAAAGAAAAGAAUCAGUUAGGUCUGAAUAGGAGGAAGUGGUGACGCAGGCCAAAGCCCUACUCUGACUGUAGCGCCACUGGGUUGGGUUUGCACAUGCCAUUUAAAAACAUAAAAUAAAUUAAAUAAAAGAGGGGAAAAAAUUGGAAUAUUUAAAUUCAUUUCGGGAAUAAGUCACAUGUUAGUUUGAAUAUGAUAAGAUCUUGGCGUGUUUGCUGAGAUUUGAAAUUAAUUAGCAUCUCAAGCGAAAGCCGCAAACACCUUGGCAAUGUUUUCCGACGCAACCAGUUGAAAUUAAUUGAUGUCCACUUUAUUAGCUGUAAAAUCACCAUGCUAUUAGCACAGAAUCAAGGCUGCUGUGCAACUGCCUGGAAUGUGAAUGUAGACAGGAGUCUCUGACAGAUGUUAAAGUAGCGAAAGGGUUUUUGGCAUAAAAAUAUUGUAAAACCCUGCAUUAACCCCACUUUGAACUAAAUGUGAUUGAUCCCAAUGAUCUCAUUAUAGCAAGGUUCCAUUAUUCAACUGUAGUUUUUAUUUAUUGCUUAAACAUAGUAGAGAAUUGGUGGUAGAUAAUUAGUGCAAGCUCAUAAAAUAUUCAUUAAAAAUAGAUUGCGACAAAAAGCAAUUAAGUUCCCAAAUAUUUUAAAGAUUUUUAAAAAAAUGUUUUAUUUUAAGAAAUAAAUGAGUUUUGAAAUUUUUUUCCAGGCAUCAAUUUUUGCCAUCUAAAGAUUCUGUGUGUACCAUUCGAGACAAAAGAACAGGAGAAAUUAGGGGAACACUUCAAGAAGAUGAGGACAGUGGCAGUGACUUUGAUGUUGAUUGAUUAAGCUUCACAUACCAGUAUAUUUUUUUAAGGUUGAAUUUGGAAGGAUUGAAAUUUGGAUAGAGUUGGUGCAAAGAGAUUGUUUUGUCAAUCUUGAAAUAUGUUUUUAAAAUUUUGAUUGCAAUGUUUUUUCAUGUUAAAUUUACUUUAAGCUUUUGCUUAGGGGCCCUAAAUGACAUUGCACUAUUACAGCAUACUUUUUACACACACGUCACAAAUUAGACACUUUUAUCACAUCAUCACAAGUUUUUGGACACCUCUCUUCCCCCCUCCCCCCAACCUUGUUUAUGGAUGGCCCCUUAGUUUGUGUUCAAUACUCAGUGUUCCUUAUAUCCUUUGACUUUAUCACUGUUGUAAUCAAUCUUUUGUUUUUAAUUAGCGCAUUUGAUUUCAUUUCAAUAUUGUGUGGCCUAAUGAAGUAUUUGAAGUAGGCAAAUUUUAUUAUGAAAAUAUAGUGUCAUAAAUUAGGAAAGAUCAAAGUUGCCUCUUAAUUGGAUGCUAAUUCCGAAAGGGAACCUGUCUACCUGUUGCAUUUUGUCUGGGACGAUCAAGUUUCAGGACGGCAGAGAGGACCAGUUGAAGUUGCUUUAAUAUUGACAGUUGUAAUUUUAAUGUAUUAUAGCAAAAAAGAAUAAGACGGAGACUGAGAAUAGGGGUACGGGAUUUAGAAUUGAACGAAAAAUAGUUGAACAGGAAAAAGUUAUAUUUCUUCUUAGUAAAUGUUGACCUAUGUCAAAUGUUCUGACACAGAUGCAGUUAUUAUGAUAGAUGCCUAUGCAUGGCAUGGGAAUCCUAAACUAAAAGGUUACAAUGAAGACAGUGAAGGACAAAAUGAAUUUUUUUAAAGAACUACAUAGACCAAUAAUUUUAGAUAGGCAAUGGAAGUGCUAUUAAAACUGCCCACUGUUUGUUUAUUUAUUUUAUUUUUUUAAUGAAUUUUUAAAAAAUGUUUUUAAUUUUUGCAAAUUAAUUAAUUUUAAUGAUUUAAAGACUAUUGGAGCAGCAAAUAUUAUUUAAAUAAAUUAGAGCAUGUGAUCAGAUUUAAAAGCAAUAUAUUUUAAUACAUGCAACAAUGACAAUAAAAGUGAUUUUAAACAAUAUUUGACUUGGAAGUUAUUGGGGAGGGGGUGGGUAUGGGAUAACAUUUAAGGAUGGCCUCAAGAUUGAUUUUCCAUAUUUAAUAUUUUGAAAAUCUCACAAAUCACAAUGAAAUCUGAAAAGCACAGGAUAUUUUGAUAGAGUUUUAAAAUUAGAUGAACCCAUUUAAAAAGAUAUAGUUAAUGCUAUAUUGUUUAAUUCAUAGUCAUUUUAGGGUAAACAAUUAUUUCUAUAAUUGGUAGUUCGAUUUGAUUGACUCUAACCUAUACCUUUACUUUUAAGUGCAUCUUAUUAAUAUAGAUAAAGAAUGUAUCUGUACUUUCCGAUUUGUUUUGCCUACUUUAAUGCAAUUCAUUUUGAAGGUUUGUUUUUUUACCCCCUCUUUGAAAAAUUAAAAUUUUCAAUGCAUCGCUUACAAGUAUUGAGAUCUGUAUGUAUGUUCUUGUGCUUCUCACGUGACAUUUAUAGGUCCCAGUAUUAAUUUACUUGCUUUUGUAAUUCUAUAAAUUAAGCUGUUUAGUUAUUUUUUUUAAAAAUGCUUUUACUUUUACUCUUGUCAUUACUUGACUUGCAGAACCGUUGGUGUUUUUUUGUGUUUUUAGCUUAUAGUAAUAAACAUUACUAGAACCGGUAUACGAAUCCUAACUUUAAUAUUUAUUUAUGCCAGUCUAUUUUAUUGAAAAGAACUAUAUCUGUAUCAUGUAUUGAAUUUAUUUAUCCUUUUGUCGCUGAAUAAUUUAUUUAUUAUAUUUCUUUUAUGUUCCUAGUGCACAUUUCAUUAUUAUUCAAAUUUCAUUAUUUUUAGAGAUAAAAUAUCUUAGAAAUGAAUUUAUGUUUCAACAUGCACAAAUCUAGUCAUGUAAAUAAUUAAUUUGGGGUUAGUAAUAGUUGUAAUGAAAUGAUGUUAUAAUUAUUUAUAAACUUAAAUAUAUAAAAUAAAUUAAUUGGUAUUCAACAGUGUUCAAAGAUGACAAUUAUUUUGAAACUGUGUCUGGGUGGUUUUUUAAUUAGUAACUUCAAAACUGAUUCAAAAUUUUUUAAUAAAAAAAUUGAAUAGAUGUUAUUUGAUCCAUGUUUCUUUUUAAGUUUUGUAUUUGUAUAUUUCAGUAAUUUGUAAAUAAAUUAACAAUAAAUGCCUUUGUUUGUAUUUUUCUGUGAGUGUGACAUCAUUAUUUUGUUCUGCUGAACCAGGGUUCAGUAACUUUUUUUGAGUGAAGAUUCAUUUUUAUAAACCUAAUCUGCAAAGAAAAUAUUUUGGUGGCGACAUGUCAUUACGGAUUAGUCCAAAAAAAAAAGUUGCAUCUAGUCCUUCAAAGAAAAGCAAAUUUUUAUCACUUGGCUUAACCAAAGAUUGCAUUCACCUCUUUUGAUAGCUGUCAUGAAGAGUAUAUAUAAAAGAAAUUUUUAACAGUUUAUGGUGAUUUCGGUUAAUUACCUUUGUACAUCAUUAUGGCCUAUAAAUUAUAAAUAAAUGAGAUGUGACAAUAAUCAUUUGUAAAUAUGGGGUGGGGGUGUGAAAAUGACAUGACAAAUGCCCUGUCCCUUAAAUUUGAGUAAGUUAUGAUGAUUUUAUGAAGGAUACUGGCAUUUCCCAGGAUUAAGUAUUUCGACUUUCACAAUAGUAAAUUGCUUUACUACUAGACACUGAUAUUUUAAUUUAUGAUUAGUACAAUGUUAACUAGAACUGGCCUGCACAACAUACGGCUGGCGGGCCGCAACGGCCCACCAGCACCCACUUGGCAUCCCGCGAAGUAAAGAAAUACUCUAUUAUUAUGGCCCACCUUACAUUUUGAGUUGUGCAGGCCUGCACUAAAAUAUUUCAAUACUGGUAGUUCACUGGUAAGUGUCCUCGUUUUAUA